GAAAUCGAAACUCAGCUGUUGAAACCGCUGCCCCUGGUCUUUGGAAUCGCAUCUCGAGACUCGCUAAGCAACCCAGCCCGAAACCCCCUACGGCUGCGGCAGCGGGGUCCCAGCUGGCUCUGAACCAUGUACACUCGCAGUAGGCUGUUGGGAUCCGGGCUCGGCUCCUCCUCCUCCUCCCGCCCGGCCCAGGACGCCUCUGGACAGCAUCGAGAGGGGGACCAGCUGCAAGGCCCUAGGCAAAGUUUGGAGGCGACUUCAGAGAGCCCUUCUCGGGAGAGACUGGAGCACACAGGCCAGAGACUUUCCUCAGUGGAUUGGAUGAUGCCCAUGUACACUAGAGAAAGAGUAGGUGCAUACACCUUGAUAGCACCAAAUGAAAACAGAAGAAGUCAGAUACAAAGGAUUGCUGAGAAAGAGCUAGAGAACCUGGCGAAGUGGAAGGAGCAACAUAGAGCCAAGCCAGUUCACCUGAUGCCGGUGCGGCUAGGUGGAAGCAAAUCAGAGGCUGAAGUCAGGCAGAAACAACAACUCCAGCUGAUGCAAUCUAAAUACCAGCAGAAGCUAAAAAAAGAAGAAGCUGUAAGAAUCAAGAAGGAAGCUGAAGAAGCUGAAAUCCAAAAAAUGAAGGCAAUUCAGAGAGAGAAGAGUGAAAAGCUAGAGGUGAAAAAAAGAUUUCAAGAAAACCUCAGAAGAGAAACAUUUAGAGAGCAUCAGCAAUACAAAACUGCUGAGUUCUUGAGCAGACUGGAGACAGAGUGGCCAAACAGAAGUAUCUGUCAAACUGCUCAUCAUAACCCACAAUCUUCACCUUGGCGACAGAAUGAUGGAUACAGAGAGCGUUUUGAUGGUUGCCAGAUGGGAGUGGGCUGUGAGGGCAUGGGUAAAGAGGCCAAAAGCCAGGUGUAUAAGGAUUCUCUAAAGGAAGAAGAAAAUAGAAAAUUACAAAAAAUGAAGGAAGAACAACAUCAGAAGAGUGAAUUACUGGAAUUUAAACAACAGCAACAGGAGAAAGAAAGAACCAGAAACCACCAGGCUGCACACAGGAGGAUAUAUAAGAAAUGUUUACUUAACAUCUGGCCUUUGUCAGCUGACCUUGAAAACACCUAUGAGAUACUUUCUUUAAAUGCAAUUUUGUUCACCAUGACUUCAAAUGACUACCCACACACCUAGCUGAGCAGCUGCGCUAUGACAGGUUUCUCCCUGUCUUUAUUUAAGCAUGUUUGCAGGUUCUGAUUACUGAACUCAUAUUUAAUCUCUAUUGCCAAUGAAAUGUUACAGUAUUUUUCUUAUUGUUUCUUGCCUCUUAUUGGAAGUAUAAUUACAGCAAUGUUAGUAAGAUAGAAUAUGAGAGAAUUCUUUGAUGCUUUCAGGUUAGUGAGAGCUGUAGGUGCUGCAUGCAUGUCCAUCUAAACAGCCGACUAAUUCUCAGAUCAGAUUAGGAAAGCUUUGGUCUCUUUUUAGCUUUUAAUCUCUACUUUCUUAAUUCAGUAUACAAAUGUGAGCAAAAGAAAAAAUAUUUUAAUCUCUUUUAAACAAAUUAAAUAAAAUUUGAACUACCUUUGCAUAGAUGGUUUACUUUUAUUUUUAAUGAAAAGCUCUUGAGUUUUUCUCUCUUGAGGGGGGUCUCAUUUUUAUGUUCUCCUUUACAAUUCAUAUAUAUCAAAUAUACUACUGAAAUCACUAUGGGAUCAGCUUUGGUCUGAUUUAUUUACUAAUACUGUUCCUCCGGUUUUUCAGAGUAGGACAGUUAAUUUCCUGAAAGCACAAUGUUUCUAAAAAUUAACCAUACACAAAUGUAGUUUGUAAAUGUUUUUGGAAACUUGUCUUUGCUAUAUGGGACCUAUUUCCUAUUGCAAAUUCAGUCAAUUUUUAAUCCUAUUUUUAUAGCCUUGAACCAGUUUGUAGACUCCAGAGUGCAGGAACAUUGGUCCCUGCUGCAUGCUGCAGUCCCCCUCCAUAGGAAACACUGCAUUCAGUCUUAGAAUGAAGGUUGGAGGAAUGAAUAAUUUUUGCAGCUGGACAACUAAUAAUAAUACUUUGCAGCUUUAAGAGAUCUUUUGUAGUACCAAUUGCUCUGUUGAAAUAACUUUCCAUAUCUGUGUAUUGAGGGAAACAUUGAGGUUCUUAGGCCAAGACUAGGGGGCGGGGACUCACAGAAAAAGGGCAAGGGUGAGGUAUAGAAAGGACCAAAUUUUGUGAGAGUGGUAAUGGCUGAGGACAGAUGGUUCACAGCUAGUUUCUCUGGAGUAAAUAAUGCAGAUACCAUUGGUUUCCUCCUCUUCUGCCAGCUGAAAUUGUACUGGUGCUGUUGACACUAACAUGAAAUGUUUGGACUAUUUGAAAUUUUGCCAUUACCUCAUCCUGGGUUGAAAGCACUGCCUAACUGAUGGUAAAUGUGGGACUUUUGUGGUCAUUUUACUGCUACGGCCUGCGGCCAUUUCAGCCCUACACCUGCCAGUCUGGCAACCUGAUAAUCCACAAUUGUGUUCAGGUUUUGUGUCUAGACUCAGUAUUCCUCACUUGCUGUGCUUUGCCAGAGUGUCACCAGGAACUAAGGUAAGGGAAAGGGAUGUUUUCUUACUUUGGGGGUUUUCAGGAAAAUUGAACUCGAUAUCUCUUCCACUGCCUGCUCUAUCCUGCAUUUCCAAAUAAAGACAUUUUGUUCAGGUAUCUGUUCUCAUUUCCAAAAAAAGUCAUUGUGCUGCUAUGGAGAAUUGUGACUUCAUGCCCAAAAUUAUCUAGAAUAUGACUGGGAUUGUAAAUAUCUUCCUUAAACAGUUUUCUAUUUAGGUGGAAGCAACCAGAAAAGAAACAAUGGUUUUGUUGUAUAAGGGAGUAGAUCAUUUUGUUUUUCACAUUUAAUGUGCCCUGUUGAAUCAAUUAAAACAAAAUAUGACUUGUGGUUAACUCAGGAUAGGAAUCCCAAAUUCCUAACACCAUCCCCGUGCUUUCAGUUCUUUAUUUUUCUGAGAAAUAAAAUAUAUGCAAGAUGGAUUGCUACAAAAGUAAUAGGUAUUUGUUAUAAAAACUUCAGACACAGUGAUGAAUAAUAAAAAGAAAGAAACUAGUGGUUUUCACAUUUUAUAUCUGUUGAUAAUAGAAGUAUAUUUGGGCAUAUACCCCUCCAGAUAUUUUUCUAUCUGUAUGUGUUUCAAAAUCCCUGUGAUAAAAACUCUUAUGGACACUGUCUGACGACUGGAUAAGGACAAACACCUGGACUUAGAACUGGUGGUUCUAAUGCAAAAUCUAUUUAUAAGUGUUUUGAUAUAUGUAGUCAAAUAACUUCCCAAAAUGUGGCACCAAUAUUUAUUACUGCCAGAAGUAUGCUCUAUACUCUCCCCAAUACAAUUAGUUGCUCUUAAAUCUUUGCUUACAUACUGAGUGAAAAAUGCUAUUGGUGGAAAUUAACCCCUGUUUUUUCCCAUGGGUUUACUGGUCAUUUUUUUUGUAUGUGUUUGUGUAAUAUAGCUGAUUUGUAAAAGAUCUGUUAGAAUAGUAUGUUGUAAAUAUUCUCAUUUUUAUGUGUCUUUAAUUUAGUAAUGUUUAAUACUGAAGUUUUAAGUAUUUAUGUAUUUGGAUCUAUUAAUCUUUUUUCCUGUGUGGUUUCUUCUUGGUGUUAUGUUGUUAGAUUAUAAAAUGUACAAAGCCACACCCCACCCAGUGUCCCAUUUUGAGAACAGGAAGGAUUUUCCCUCCCGCUGGGCAUGGUUUGAGCAGUAUAGUGCAGGGUAUCUUUCUCCACACCUAGCACAGACCUGAGAACCCAUGCAUAUCUCUACACUGGAGAAAUAUUUCCUCUGGUUCAUAAAGACUUUGUUUGCAUUAAAAAACAUAGCAUGUAUUAUUUAGGAUUUAGGAUGAUUUUGUUUAAAAAAAUUAUAAAAAGCCUACUACAAGCUUAUU